AAUGAGCUGCAGAGCACAACAAAGAUCAACCUUUGCACAGCAUUUCUCUAUGUCACAGGCAAACGCAGAAGAAAAUGUUAAAGCUCAUUUGAAGUAUGUGGGAAGUCGAAGAGAGUAGGUGUAAUCUGAUGCCGCUGGGAUUCUGAUGAACAGGUGACCAGGACCUGGUUUGACUGCUUCAGGAGUUCGAUUUAUAUUCCAGCUAUCCAUCAACACCAGCAGGUCACUUGUCACUCAAUCUUGCCACCUAGUGGAGUUCCAAAGGUUCAGCUCUGAUCCGGCAAAGUGAAACCAGCCAACUACUCCCCUCAUCUGGGGAGUUGCAUUCCCUGCAACAUCUUCCGAUCAUCAUAUUCAACCUUUUACCUACUGGGAAGAACGUAACACAAAACAGCUGAAAAUGAAAAUAAUGAAAAGCAUGAUUUCGAGUUUUCUGCGUGUGUUGCAGAACACAAAGUGACCUAUCCGGGAGAUAUCCUCACAACGAGAGGUUUAAUGCAAGAGUUGGUUCACUUAAAGCAAGCAAAAGGCCUAAUUCAGCAGAAAAUAAAUAAAAAAAAAAAGACUCCAGCAGAGACAUCAAAAGGAAAUGGCAUCAUCAGUAAAUCAAACAUCCAUCCCACCACUAACAAUUAAUGGCACUGCGACAACCAGCAUACCAAAAUACCCCAGUCACAACUGGGAGUUUUUGGUUGGUGUUCUGGCCACAGCCAUUUCCGUCUCCCUUAUCCUCGCCCUUCUCGCCAAAUGUCAAGUAGUCCGACGUUACCUGGCCAGCUACAGACACACACGCCUGAGGGAGCCUGAUACUGUUAGCCAUUCUGACUCUUCAGGCAUGGAUGUAGAGUUUGAUAUGCGCAGGGGACGAAUGGACCCUCACUGCCUCCCCCCUGUGAGCGAGGAGGAUGACGACGGCUUUAUUGAAGACAACUACAUCCCGGCCAGUGAGAGAGCCCGGGCUCAGAGAGCAGCUGAGGACAUGGAGGAAGACACAGAAGAAGAUGUGAUUGAAUUCAGCAUCACUUAGAGUAUCUGGAUGCAUGUGGUUCAUUGGUUGAACCAGAAACCUCCCAGAAACCAUUUCUACUCCAUUGUUUGUCUCGUCAUGUUUUUCAAAGUGGAUACACACUGUUUAUAUGCAUUAUAUUGAAAUUAAUUUUUACACAUGCCUUCUAGUCUGAGUAUGGGCUUUGAAGGAACAUUAAAUCCAUGGGCAACAGUUUCAACAUAUUUUAAAGAGCAUGCAAACAUGUAAAAGUCAAAAUCAGCAAGAGAGAAGCACUGGCUAUCUUGAAACAUUGCAAGAACCAAACAUUUAAUCCUCUGAAGAAUUUAUUUUAAUUUCCAACAUUUAUCCAAGGAUAUUUAGCUACAUAACACAUUUUUGGAACAUGGCUGCAUUCCAUUUGUACUCGCAAUUCUGAAUUUCCAAUAACCACUGGAGCGACGAAGCCAUUCUGAAUUAUUUAAAAGUUAAAGGUUUCUAACUAACAGUGAUUUCAAAAUCCAUCAUGGCUCUCUUGAACUUAGAAAAGCACAGCUAAUCUACCUCCCAGUUUAAAAUUUCUCCACAGCAAUUUAUUACUUCCACAAGCAACAAAACAUGGAAGUAUUUUAACAAUGACAGCAGUUGGAUUAUUUUUAGUGUUGUGAUUUUUGCACAGUGAAACUUUGAAUCUUUGCUUUUAUGGUACAGAAGUGGCAGUUUUUGACAUGUAAGGAGCUCAGUGCCAAACACAGCAAUGUUUUAAAUGUUUUAAAUUAUUUUGAGUGAUUAGUGUGAGACUGAAUGUGAUUUUGGUUACAUUUAGGGUGGCAGAUUAGAGGGACAAGGGUGUACACUUAAGAUGAAUUUCAUGUCACUCAUCUGUCUCUGAAAUCUCUUAUCUUCUUAAACUGUUAUCCAGCUGUGUGAAAAUUAUUUUCUAUUACACUUUUCCUUCUGCUUUAAUUUCCAAUGUGGCACUUUGCUUGAAAACUGUCAGGUCGACAGACAGUUCAAAAUGCUACCAUAGCCUAAAACAACUUUUUGAACCGACACAUUUGUAAGAAAAUGAACAUUACCUUCUGAUAUUUUUGUAUGUUUUUUUGCUGUUGUUGUUCAUUUUGAAUAGCUGAAAUAAAUGUUAAGGGUUCAAAUUUUUUUAAUACACCAGUAAGUGUGUUAGAAAAAAUACUUAGGCCUACUACAUGUGUGCAAACAGUUCAGUUAAAGCUUCAGAAAAACUGCAUCGUAUACUUUCAUGCUUUCAGUGUCAGAAUUAAAAAAAUAGAAAAAGAUUCUUCUUAAAUCUUCUUAUUAAAGCUAAUUUUCUAAAACCUAAACGUAUCUAUGUGACUGUAACUGUGCCACUUUUACGAACAGAUAUAGUUGAUUUUAAAACUGAAGGAAUAACUUUAGGACUUUUCGCUUCAAGGAGCAGCAGCUCGAGUCUCUCACCGUCUCCUUCUCCUCUAAGCUCCGCGGCACGAUGUGACAUAAACAACAGUAAUUAAGCGUGGCGCUGCGCGCUGGGUCGAGCCCUGAAGCGUUUCUGUGUGAGGCCAUUCAGCUGAUGAGAGCAGCCUGACAGGUCUGCGCGGAGCUGUCAGGCGAGGCUGCAUCCGGAAGAGUGACACGUCAAGUUCAAACCGAAACCGGAAGCAGAGCUACUUUGACUUUAAAACAAAAGCGUUGAAAUUCACACCGUCAGCCCAUUGGCGGAAAAAAAUACAGAAAAAUAGACAAGAUUACCGCUUAAUAAUAAUAAUAAUGCCCAGAGUAUUGCAUGCUUUAACUUCAAAUCUGUGCAAACUGUAGUUUAUAAUGUGGGCCUAAACAGAUGGCAACCCAUAAAAGCAUUAAAAAUGUGAAGUGUAUGUAAUUUCUUAUAGAUAUUACUGGAGAAACGACGAAUUAUGACUUUUGAAAAUAUUGCAAUUGUCUUAAAAUGUAUUCUUACAUAUAAAG